AUGUGCCAUGAAAAGACCAUGUAUGUUAUAUGGCAACCCAAAGAAAAUUUUCCAAUUAAUCCAUGGAAAAGAUUGUUUUCGUGGGACGAGCGGGAUGGGCGGGAGGCGGCUGCGCUCGGGGCGGGGCCCGACGAAUCUGUCGCGACACUCGCAGUGAACGCGUUGUCCAAAAUGUGGCAAGUUACCCUCUGUUAUGCUGUGUUUAUCGUACCGCUAGUCUCUCCAACUACUGAAUGGUGGGGUGAUCUGCGAGCUCAUCUCAAUCCAAGCAGAACACCAGCAUUCUAUGAUGUUACCUAUGAUGAAACAGGUAUAGCUUAUAUCCUGUUUUCCUUUUUUUCACUAAAAAUUGCAAAAUUUCACCUCUACUUCGACUUUAACAUUUUAAGACUUUAUAUGUUAGAUCCUCUCAUUGUUUCGAUAAUUCACUAGGU